CGGCGGCUCGAGAAGGCCAAGGCGGGCGUUAGGAGGUUCGCCGAAAAUAAGCUGCGUUACCCGCCGCAGUAAGGCUCCCCUUCUACACCCGCCGAAAAUAAGCUGUGUUUCCCGCUGCCAAGGUCCUCCUUUUAGGGCCACCGGCGGUGACGGGUGUGCCUGGGACAGAAACGACGGGCCCAAGACCCAAGGCUGUGUGGGGAGAAAGCCACGUGGCAAUCGACGUGACGUCGUUCACGGGUGUGGAUCCGCCAUCACCCACUACCUGUCGGUGAAAGCACGGAAAAGAAGUGGGAAAUCCGCCGCCGCCCCCCCCCCCCUCCCCCCCUCCCCAAAAAAAAGGUGGGGAAUCAAGGCGGGAAGAGGAGGCCAAUACAGCCAAAGACGGUGGGAAAGUCGGCCAUUACAGUCAAAAGAAGGCGGAAAGGACUCGCAAAAAACCCAAAUAGAGGAGGAGGAGGAGGUGAGGUCAAAGAGGAAAACUCCGUGAUCGAAAAUGCCGAAGUCUAAGCGGAAUAAGCUCGUUUCAUUGACGGUGACCAAGAAGAGAGGGAAGGAGCGGAAAGAAACGAUGGUGGGCAAUGUGAGGGAGUGCUUUGACAAGUACGAAUCACUCUACGUGAUUGGGUGGAAGAACAUGCGCAAUACAAAGAUGAAGGAGCUGCGUGAUCAGUUCUCGUCCACUAGCAGAUUUUUCUUGGGCUCGAAUAAGGUGCUGCAGAUUGCGCUCGGCAGGUCACAAGCGGAUGAAGAGAGAGAAGGCCUCCAUAAAGUCUCCGAGGUGAGUGGUCCUUCAGGAUUGUGUUCGUUCUUUUCAGAGUUUGAAGUUUACGACUUUGCAAGACUAGGAAAUAUUGCGACAGAGACUGUUGAGCUGGAGGAGGGGCCACUUCACCAGUUCCCGCACGAUAUAGAGCCCUUCUUACGGAAGCAAGGCAUGCCAACGCGGUUGAACCGAGGUGUUGUCGAACUUGUGGCGAAGCACACGGUGUGCAAGGAGGGUCGGCCUCUGACGCCUGAGGCCUCCAGAAUCCUUCGCCUGCUUGGGGUCAAGAUGGCCCCAUUUCACAUACACUUGGUUGCAAGAUGGGUGCCGGAAACAGAGCUGGAGAUUUUUCCUGAAGCUAUGGCGCAGGCAGGGUGAACGGCCACGACUAGUUAGGGGAUUCAACUUUCUCUUCGCUGGCGUGCCCCUGCUAGGACAAUCCUCCAUAUCCCCCUCUUGUGCAGAUGAUGCUAGUCCUAGUCUAGGUAGAAGAACGAAUGUAAGCACUGCGCCGACUAAUAGGAUGUGAUUGAUUUCCUUCGGAGAUUUUUGCACAAGCCAUUGUCGCUGGCUCCCUCUGUUCCUUGUCUUUCUCCCUACCACAUGGACUUUCCUGCCGGCUCCACCUUCUUUGCGCUCUGUCGUGGUCCCCUCUCGUUUUCUUCGUCUGUCUGUCUGGCUGUCGGUCUCCUCUCUCUCCUUUCUCUCUUUCUCUCUUACCACUCAUUCUCCCCCUCCUCUCUCCUCUCUCUCUUUUUCUCCCCCCCUCAUUCUCCUCCUCCCCCUCCUCUCCCUCCYGCGYCSUCYCWCUCUCUCUCUCUCUCUCUCUCUCUCUCUCUCUCUCUCUCUCUCUCUCUCUCUCUCUCUCUCUCUCUCUCUCUCUCUCUCUGUSKAAGCUCUGCCCCCYUUUYUKAUCACUGGAGUACUUUCUYYYUUUACCUCCCAUGCAUGCAUGAGUGAAAUAGUGAAUGGUUUCUUGGUGUGGUUGUGGAGCCAUGCCUCGCACCCUCGACUCCGCACUCCCCUCCUCCCUUUCUCCCAUCUUCCUUCUACUUCUUUUGAAGCCUGUUUUCUGCUGCCUCUUGCUCAAGUGUCUCCGAAAGGGACCAUGAACACCGCUGCUCCACCACAUCGGCUCCUUGAUGUGGAACCCCUCCCUGUCCAACAGUCAGCGGCAAUUCCGUUGUGUGGGAUUUCUGUUAUUUCGAUUGGCGAUGGAUGUUAUGGGUUGUUCUGUGUUUGCAGUUUCUCGAUGGCGUGUUCGUUCGUAUGACUUUCAAAACUGUCCUUUGGGACAUCCGUUAAAAUUGGAUCAAUACAGAGAAAUAAGAUUAGCAUGGCCCCUGCGCAAGGCUGACGAGCAUACAAAUCGAGAUAUCAUCCAAAUUUUUGUAUGUAAAAAAAAAAAAAAAGGACUUUCAAAACCACUGCCAUUAGUGGUAUGUAGAUAGUGAAAGGUGAAAUUGAGAGACAAAUAUAAAUAUACCUUAGUUAAAGAAAACUUUAAAAAAGAAAAAAAAAGAAGCUGGUUGCUUAAUGGAAUUCCUCCUGCAAUGAAGACUUUUGAUACCU